AUGAAUUUAGCACAGAUAAGUAAUAGCGUAAUAGUUAUUCUGACAAUAGCUGUUCUUAAUAGUGAAGAACAAAACAAUUUCAACAUGUCGAAUUACAUACAUUUUCCUUAUUACGUAAUACCAGUGCACUACUGCAUACAGCUCGACUACAUAAACCCAAAUUAUGAACCCACUGAUAAACUUGAUAACAUUUGGAAAGAGAUGGAAGCCAAUCUUAUUUGUAAUGAAACUUUGGAUAUAGUUAUGGGCAAAAUGGAAAUCGCACGUUUAAUAGCACCUAAAAUAGCAUAUCAAUGGUUUAGUAACCUCCUCAGUUCAGAUUGGUGGUCUUAUUUUUGGUUACACGACGCUCUUGCUGCUAUGUUGGGAGAAGAAGCUGUUGCUAAGAGCUUCAAUAAUUCUGAAAUUUUGGAUUUCUUCAUAAUUCAGAAUCAAUACGAAUCUCUUCAUCUGGAUUCUCAUUUUAAUAUGAAUCCUGUGGAUAUCACUAGCUUAUCGGACAUUAAUUCAAUUUUCAGGUUUCCUCGUUAUAUGAAAGCAAUAAUUGUUUUACGGAUGUUCCAAAGUGCUAUUACCGAUGAAGUGUUUCGAAAUAAUGUCCAUGUAUAUGUAAGCAGACAGACGUUCAGUUCAAUAAUAUCUUAUAAUUUUUGGUCCAUGAAAGACGAAUUAGAUGAACCAUAUAACUGUAAUUUACCAUCGAAUGAGUUCUUAACUUGGAUCCAGUACAAACAUUAUCCUGUUGUAAUGUGGGAACAAUACAAGCAUCGAGAAAUUACAAAAACAAUAUCGCAAAGUUAUAACAAAACUUAUUACGGGGAGUGGCUGAUACCCAUAACUUUAAGGGAAUUAACAUUACUUUUUGACGAUUUGAAGACAUGUUUAAAACCAAAUGUAAAUUCUAUCGUGUAUCCCACAACUGUUCCUUUAAAUGAACUUUGGAUGGUGAACUUUCAGCAAGCUGGUAAAUAUUUGGAAAAACCUCUGAAAACACUAGGAUAUGAAGAACAUUUGGUGGAAAAUGACUUUGUUAAAUGUUUAAGACAAGAAAUUGUGAAAUGGGCAUGUAUUUUCCAAUUCGAUGAGUGCGAACAAUCAGCUUUUCGUAAAUUAAUGCAACAUCUCGGAAAUCCUGAAAUAAAUCCUCUUUUACCAUGGUGGAAGCACUGGACAUAUUGCAAUGGUUUUGCAGUAGCUUAUUCGUAUACGUGGUCACACAUAAGAGAUACAUGGUUAAAAGAACGUAAUCAUACGUUGCUACCCUUCUUGACUUGUUUUAGGAAUGCUACUGCAAAUACUACUUCUUCAUUAUUAUCGGAGCGUUUCCAAGAGGAAGGGCAACAAGACAUUACAAAUAUUCGUUCGUACAUAGACAUUUUUCAUUCAGUUAUUAUAAAAUAUUCUAACACACAUGACAUACUCGAGAUGAUACUUAGAAAGCUCGAGAUUAUGAAACCUGAACAAAUCAACUUGUUAACAGCGCUGGUUGGUAUCAUUAACCAUGUAUAUUCUUCCAAAUAUCUUAUGAAGAUUCAAGAUGAUUAUUUAAAUUUACUUCUCUUUAGAGGUUACAUAAAUAGAUCACAACUUUCGAUAAUUGAACCUUUAUCAAAUAUGCCGACAAAGUUCAUGACCUAUGAUAGUUGUACAGAUUCAUUACGCACAUACUUCCAUAAUACGCCUCCAAUGACCACUUUGCAAAUUGGACUAGUCAUGACUGAGUAUCAAUCCAUUAGAGUUAAUAAAAACAUUACUUUGUGGUGCGAUUGUGAUUCAGAAGAACGUCGUCAGAAAUUUGAGUUUGCACGGAGAAUCAUGAACAAUAUUACAUUGCAGUUAAAAUCUGAAUUUGGUGGGAUAAAUAUUCCAAAAAUGGAUCACAUUGCGAUUCCAAAUUUUCCACAAGACGGCAUAUCGAAAUGGGGGCUCAUAUUUCAUUCGUAA